CCGAGUGACUGCGAGGCGAAGUAGACAGCAUUAUAUCUCCACUUUUUAGGACAUGAUGGAUUGCUAAUUGAAAGGAAGAAACCUUCGUAAUACAUCGUCAGAGAGCAAACUGCGAAUAUGACAAAUGUGUACUCUUUCGAUGGCAUCCUGGUGUUCGGGCUGCUGUUCAUCUGCACUUGCGCGUACCUCAAAAAGGUACCGCGCCUCAACAGCUGGCUGCUGUCAGAGAAGAAAGGAGUGUGGGGCGUUUUCUACAAAGCGGCAGUAAUUGGGUCGCGACUUCACAUUGCUGUGGCAAUUUCCUGUUUGGCAAUGGCUUUCUACAUUGUCUUCUUGAAAUGAUAAAGUCAGACUGGACUGGAAAGGACACUGGACGGGUGCAGGAUGGGGAUGGACUCAUCUCUGUGGUCAUUCCUUGUUGGGGGACACCUCUUGGAUUACAUGACCGAUGAAACCCCAUUGGCCCCGUGGACCCAUGUGAGAGACUGGCCAGUGCUUCCCCCCUCUGGUGACUGGGUACAUAACUCCUCCUUUAAUAAUGUGUGUGCACUACAAACAUGAAGGGCAUCCGAAUUCCACAGUUAUUACAGCGGAGAGAGCUGGUGGAGUCACAUGGUAUCAUUCUCUAGUAGGGAAACACUGUUGGUUGUCUCCAUCCACACCCUAUAAAUAUUUAUAUUGAAGGAUGCCGAAGAUUGAAGGGCAGUGUGUGCAUCAUACCUUAUACCUGUAUACAAACUAAAAUUAGCCUAGCUGUAUAUAUUUGGAAAAAUAUAUGACCAGUAGAGAUUUGCCAGAGGUUCUGUGUGAUCAACCCCAAAAAUGAUCAGUUCUGCUUGCUCCCGGUUAUUUUUUUCUGUAUCACCUCUUGUGUCAAGGGUGGAGGGGAAGAUAAACAAAGCUAAUAUAUAAAGAUGUUCUUGUGUACACUAUAUUUUACUUACUUUUUACCUUCAGUGCUGUUUGGCAUCUCCUAAGCUUUGUUUUAGGUUUAAAAUACACAUUUUGCACAGGUGUAUGUUGUAUUUACUUUGACAUCUAAUAGAUAACCCAUUUUAAUGUUACAAUUGAACUGUAAGUCAUGUAGAGGUAAUAACUUUUCAAGAGGCAUAUCUCAACACAUUGUGAAAAUUGGAUAGCUGUAUCAGACUUGCCUGAAAAUUGAAAUGCAAUGCCAAAUAGGGAUGGUGCUUCUCAUGCCAUCUUAAUUACAUGCUGUUGUUCUGAGUUUAAUUCUGCCACCUUAUUUUAUAUUUUUAAAAGAAGUGAUUGUUUUGGGAGGGGAUGCAAUGCAAUUUUGAGUAAAACAUUAAUCAGACAA